AUGAAGGCGCUAUAUAUAUAUAUGCCGACCAUUACCAUUAUUAUUUCUCCACAGGUCUGGUCUGGUUUGCAUCCAGAAUGUGAAUACAUCUUCCACCUGGAGAAAGAGAGGCUUCAGUGUCUGAGGGAGAUAUCAGAGCACGAGAAUGACAGCGAUACAGGCUGCCCCCCACUGUGGGACUCUGUCACGUGCUGGCCGAGCGCUGUGAUUGGCCAAACCAUCCGCUCUCCCUGCCCUCUGGUCUUCUCCUUCUUCCACAACAGUACAGGGGCGGUUAGCCGAAACUGCACGGACGCCGGCUGGUCGUGGCCACACCCUCCGUAUCACAUCGCCUGCAGUGUGGAGGGCCACAUUCCAGAGGAGUCGUACUUCAGCGCAGUGAUGAGGGUUUACACGGUGGGGUACAGCUCCUCACUGGUGGCUCUGGUCAUCGCUGUGGCCAUCCUACUGCAUUUCAGGAGGCUCCGUUGUGGGCGUAAUCACAUCCACGUCCAGCUCUUCCUCUCCUUCAUCCUGAAGGCUGUGGCUGUGCUCGUGAAGGACGCCGCCCUUUUCUCCAGCAAUGACAUUGACCACUGCAGCCUCUCAACUGUGACGUGUAAGGCCUCGGUGGUGUUCUGCCAUUACUGUGUGAUGACCAACUUCUUCUGGCUGCUGGUGGAGGGGCUGUACCUCAACACGCUGCUGCUGUCCUCCCUGCACCACCUGCUCUGCUGCUUCGCCCUGCUGGGCUGGGGGGUUCCUGUAGUUUUCACCGUCCUGUGGAUUGUAUUUCGGGUUUAUUUUGAGGACACAGAGUGUUGGGAUGUUAAUGAAGACUCUCCGUACUGGUGGAUCAUAAAAGGGCCCAUCGUCGUGUCUAUUGGGGUAAACUUUGUCCUGUUCCUGAACAUCAUUAGGAUCCUGGGACAGAAGUUGAACCCACGUCUGAUUCACUUCAACAACUCUUCACACUACCGGCGAUUGGCCCGGGCCACUCUGCUGCUGAUACCCCUGUUUGGGACGCACUACAUGGUGUUCACCUUCCUGCCCGAACACCUGGGCGUGGGCUUGCGGCUCUACAUCGAGCUCUGCUUUGGAUCCUUCCAGGGCCUUAUUGUAGCUGUGCUGUACUGCUUUCUCAACAAGGAGGUUCAGACGGAGGUGCGGGUGAUGUGUCUCCGGUGGUGGGAGCGCAGCUACGGGGCGGUGCCACCAGGAGCCAAGGGCAGUCAGAUGGACACACCCCAAAUGGACACACCCUUCUAACCCCCUGGAUUUUUUCUUUCACCCAAGAAGCACGUCUCCCUCUGUUUUUCGCCAUUACAUUACAUCUAGUUGGCAGAAGCUUUCAUCAAAAGCCAUGUACAAUGACUACAUACUGAAGGUCAUUAGAACAACUACAAAACAGGUAGUUUGGAUGAGGUACAAUUCACAUACUGCGUCAGUUGUCUACCUGCCAUGAACAUUCAAGUCUAGUACACAUAGUAAGUAGGCCAAGCCGGUCAGUAAUAAGGUAGGCAACUACAGCACCUAGAUGAAUACAAAUACAAAUGCAAAUGUGACAGUCCUAGAUUAAAAUAUGAAGUUCAAGAGGGCUAGAAGACGAGCAGUUAGCCUGUUAGCACUCGCUCUCCUGAACUGGUUGCCUGUUAGCACUCGCUCUCCUGAACUGGUAGCCUGUUAGCACUCACUAACUCACCUGAACUGGUAGCCUGUUAGCACUCACUCUCCUGAACUGGUAGCCUGUUAGCACUCGCUCUCCUGAACUGGUUGCCUGUUAGCACUCGCUCUCCUGAACUGGUAGCCUGUUAGCACUCACUCACCUGAACCGGUUGCCUAUUAGCACUCACUCACCUGAACUGGUAGCCUAUUAGCACUCACUGACUCACCUGAACUGGUAGCCUGUUAGCACUGACUCAUCUGAACUGGUAGCCUGUUAGCACUCACUGACUCACCUGAACUGGUAGCCUGUUCGCACUGACUCAUCUGAACUGGUAGCCU